UUUUUAUAUCCAUGCCUCCUAAACCUACUGCCACAAAAGAAGACACUUCAAAAGACGCUUUAAAAGACGCUUCAAAAGAUAAGCAAGAGUCGAAAAACAAUGAAAAGGCCCAGGAUUCGAAGCCUAAUGGUCAAGAAAACAAGCAAGAAGGUGCUGCUAAAAAAGAGCAACAAAAGCCCAAACAAGAAAAGAAGGAUGAAGAUAACUCUGAUUCAGAUCAAUCCGACUCUGAGAAUGAAGAUGAUAGUGACGACGAUAAUAACGAUAGUGAUGAAGAUGACUCUGGCUCAGAUGAAGAAACAGGAUCUGAAGAUGAUUCAGAAGAAGAGUCUGAAACUGACAAUAGCGAGACAGAUUCCGAAGAAGAAUCUGAUGAAGAAGAAGACUUGAUCCCUAACCAGCUUACAAAACUCAAGAAGCAAAAAGGCGGCCUUGUCAAUGGUGCCACUGACACUGCUGGUAAAUUAAGUAAAUCUGUUGGUGGUGCUGUCAGCGGCGGCGGUGGUGGUAGCGGCGAAAGCGAACACCCUCUUAGUUUACGUCUUGAUCUUAAUUUGGACGUUGAAAUUGAACUUAAGGCUCGAGUACACGGUGAUGUCACUUUGGCUCUUUUGCGUUAAUACCUUUUUUUUGUAAACCUAUCUUUAUUUAUUAUAUACAAUAAAUUUCUUAAUGCGCUUGUCAAC